UGAACUAUCUCUUCCAGUGGAACAAAGCAAACCAAGCUUCAAGUAAACAGCUGCCCCUGCAACACACCAGUCAAAAAUGCCUGCAGACUACAAUGGACGGUGGGAGAUGGUGAAGAAUGAGAACUUUGAGGAAGUCAUGAAGGCGAUUGACAUUGACUUUGCCACAAGAAAGAUAGCCUCCCACCUGCAUCAGACAAAAGUGAUUGUCCAGAAUGGAGACAAAUUUGAAACAAAGACCCUGAGCACCUUCAGGAACUAUGAGGUCAACUUCACCGUGGGAGUGGAGUUUGAGGAGUACACAAAGGGCCUGGAUAACCGAACGCUCAAGAGUCUGGUUACCUGGGACGGAGACAAGCUGGUGUGUGUUCAGAAGGGGGAGAAAGAAAAUCGUGGCUGGAAACACUGGUUAGAGGGAGACCUGCUAUACCUGGAAAUCACUGUGCUCGACAAAGUCUGCCACCAAGUAUUUAAGAAGGCCCAGUAAGAUGGAACUACGCUCAACUGCACCAAGCUGUCUGUCAUGUGCUGCAUGCCACUGUCUAUUUAUAAUGUAACUGUGAAGACCUGUAAUAAAUUGAUUUGAUGCCA